AUUUCAUGUGAACCACACAUUAAUAUCGUUUUCUUAAAGACUCAUAAGACUGGUAGUACUUCGGUCCAGAAUAUAUUGUUUAGAUACGGCGAUACACACGGCUUAACAAUAGCCGUUCCCCCGACAGAAGGGUAUUUAGGACAUCCAGAAUUUAAAAGAUCACUUCUACCCAAACUUAUUAAUCCAGAGACUGGACAACAAAUAUCAUAUAAUAUUAUUACAAAUCACAUGAGAUUUAAUUAUGAAGAAGUUAAGGCUCUAAUGCCAUUCAACACGAAAUAUAUAACACUAUUGCGAAACCCAAACCAAUUAAACAAAUUCAACGAUUGGAAAGUCAUU